AUGCUUCCCUCAUACGCAAUACUCUCAUACAUUCCCGUCUGCUUCCCUGAUUCUUAUGUCUACGUAUCUGGAUGGACGGAAGUCUGGCAGGCUAUUGCUCUCUACGCGUUUCUCAUGCUCCUCAUUGACUUCCUUGCUCCUACCGAUGAAGAGAAGAUCUCCUUUUUUGCAUCUCUCGUUAUUAGGAAGACCUUCAAGAAAGGGAAGUAUAGGGAGGGUGUGUCGUGGCUCAAGCUCACCUACUACAGUGUGUUGCAAUACCCUAUCAUUGUUCUCAUCUGCGCCAUUGCACAAUGUGUAGCACAGUAUUUCAACCGAUACUGUCUUGAUUCGGACUCGCCAGUGUUCGGACAUAUUUGGAUCGAAGUAAUUUCCAGCGUUUCCGUUUCUAUAGCAAUCCAGGCUAUUAUCGGAUUCUACCAAAAUACUAAAAUGUACAUGAAGGAGCAACAUCCUAUGAGGAAAUUGCUGGCCUUCAAACUUAUGGUUGGGCUGAUUUUUCUUGAGCAAAUCAUAUUUAUUGUCCUUGAGGCCACCAAUGUUCUCCACCAUACUUCUUCGAUUAGCUACGCAGACAUUAAAAUUGGUCUUCCAAAUAUGAUUAUCUGCGUACAGAUGGUCCCGUUCGCCUUUCUGAUUCGCUGGGCAUAUAGCACCAAGGCCUAUCGGUUGAACAAGUCUAAUAACAGGAACAUGGAAUUAGGCGAUGAAGAAUCCGAAACAGGAGACUCCAAUGAACAGCUCUUUGUUCCUGCUACGGGAAGAAAAAACUGGCAACGUCGACGUACGACCUACCAGGGUGGAAGAUGGGGUAUCAACGCCUGGACCGCUUAUAUCAACCCUCUAGAAAUGCUCCGAGAUGGCAUCGCAAUGUACAAGCUGCUGGUCGAUGUUCAGAUAAGGAAACAAACAAAAAUUGCUCCGCCAGAGUCAACUGAAGAAAUGAGCAAUCGGACUCAAGAUCAGCUCCCAGAAACAGAGGAUUCGCAUCCUAUGCCUCAAGAGCAACAGGGCAAUAGCGGCUAUUCACCACUCAGUGCUCACCCGCAUGGUCUGAGCGAAAUGACAGCAGUGUCUGAUUAUAGGCCGCGGACAUUGCAUUAUAGCCAACCCAUGAAUAGCCGGCCCAUAGCUGAGUACAGUACACGAUACGACCCUGCAGACAUUAACUACGAGCAUCAUCAGCAGUCUUAUCAAUAG